CCUCCGGGUAUUUGGGACGCCGACGCAGAGGCGGCCUUCGCCGAGCGGGAGUGGCGGGUUUUCGGGCCGCGGGAGGGAAGUCUUCCGGCGGUCGGAGCAGUCGGAGGGCGGCCGCGGUUAGGAGCCGGCGCGGGAGACAGCCGCGGGGGGCCGCGGCGGGGUCCUGGCGGGCGGAACUGCGGUGUCUCCUUCACUUCGCCCUCCAGCCGCUACAGCUACCCCCCGGGCCCGAGUGCGGCGAUCGGCCCGAGCAGCGAGCGGAACGCCGGCGGCCCCAACCCGACCUCCAGGUCAGCCCUCUCCUCGCCCUCGCCAUGUCGUACCUGGACGAGUAUCAGCGUCAGUCAAUGUGUAUUCCUCCGUCGUAUGCUGAUCUUGGCAAAGCUGCCAAAGACAUUUUCAACAAAGGAUUUGGUUUUGGGUUGGUGAAACUGGAUGUGAAAACAAAAUCCUGCAGUGGAGUGGAAUUCUCAUCAUCGGGUUCAUCUAAUACAGACACUGGUAAAGUUAGUGGGACUUUGGAGACCAAAUAUAAAUGGUGUGAGUAUGGUCUGACUUUCACAGAAAAAUGGAACACUGAUAACACUCUGGGAACCGAAAUCGCAAUUGAAGAUCAGAUUUGUCAAGGUUUGAAGCUGACAUUUGAUACUACCUUCUCACCAAACACAGGAAAGAAAAGCGGAAAAAUAAAGUCUGCUUAUAAACGGGAGUGUAUAAACCUUGGCUGUGACAUUGACUUUGAUUUUGCUGGACCUGCGAUUCAUGGGUCAGCCGUUUUUGGUUAUGAAGGCUGGCUUGCUGGCUACCAGAUGACCUUCGAUAGUGCGAAGUCAAAGUUAACAAGGAAUAACUUUGCAGUGGGCUACAGGACUGGAGACUUCCAACUGCACACUAAUGUCAACGAUGGAACAGAAUUUGGAGGUUCAAUUUAUCAGAAAGUGUGUGAUGAUCUCGAUACUUCUGUAAACCUAGCUUGGACAUCAGGCACCAACUGCACUCGUUUUGGCAUCGCAGCUAAAUAUCAGCUGGAUUCCACUGCUUCAAUUUCUGCAAAAGUCAACAAUUCUAGUUUAAUUGGUGUGGGUUAUACUCAGACUCUGAGGCCUGGUGUGAAGCUUACGUUGUCUGCCCUGGUGGAUGGGAAGAGCAUCAAUGCUGGAGGUCACAAGCUUGGGCUUGCCUUGGAAUUGGAGGCUUAGUACAGUCGAAGAAACCUGUGGGGAAGGGAUAGCUAGCAGAAGAUUUGGCCUUAAAAUAUAUUUCCAGUGUGACCAGCAGGCUUUUUUUUUUUCCUAAGAGGGAUGAUCUAAACAAGGGAUGAUCCAAACAAGAGCUGUAUUUUAAAUAUUUAGACAGUUACUUGUUGGUCUCUAGUUAAAUUGGUUAUCUAUCUAGUUACCAAUGCUGCAGUAGUGCAGUCACCUAUACAUUAUUUAAAUGUAUUUAACUGUUAAAUGGCGCUACCCACCAAUAAUGAAAUAGACCUUUAUGAAAACUGUGCAAUUGUGCGCAUGUUUGUUUUUAUGUUCCUUUUAACAAAUUUGAUAAUACCAUUGGAUGAGAUGGAUCAGUGGAUAUUGAGACGAGGUACAAAAAUUUUGUUAAUUUACCAUCAUUAGAAAUACUUUUGGCAUUUCAGAACAAUACAAAUUAUGAAUAAAACAAAUAUGCAUAAUUGUGCCUCCAAAUAUUUGCAGAGUUAAAGCUUUGAUAACUAGAGUCAGAUGAGUCAAUUUGCAAGCUUUCCCUUUGGUCUCCUUGUUGUCUAGGUUAUAAUUUAUUUUUCCACAAGCUCUCAACUCAUAUCUGUGCCACAAGUCCUCUUUGCCCUUAGAGUAAUCCCAUAAAUUUUUUUUAAGAAUAAAAUAAUAUGAGGAUA